AUCAAAUCCAGCUAGUGAGCUGGUGGUUUGAUCCGGCUCCGGACCGAACCCCCCCAGAGAGAGGAGCAGGCAGUGCAGAGCGCAAACCGUCGACCGGGUCACAAGCACGCACUGACGCACGCAUGGUCGGAUCAUCUUCAGUUACUCAACCUAGCUAGCAUAUGCCCGGCCGGCGAGACAGCGUCAGCCGGCAUCGCCGGAGGGGAGACCGGCGCUCCGCACGCGCUCGUCCACGGCGAAGAAUCUAAAGUACCUGCCGCGACGGGGGUGCUAUUUUCCUAGCGACCUCUUCUUCACAGUUCACACCAUGUAAGAUGACCACGCUCCACGACGAGGGUGCUAUUAUGUGUGUGUGUGUUGGGGUGUGUGUGUGUGUGUGUGUGUCGCUGUGCCCCCUCACAAAAAAUUUCAUGAGGGGGCACAGCAGCGACGGCGACGCCUUGGUCUUCCCAGCGUCCAUCUCCUUCGUCUGCCUUCUCUCCGUGGAUGACCUUGCCUUGGGGCUCAGAUCCGCACGGUGUGCAAGGAUGUUACCAGAUCGGAUGGAACUACUACUACUACUCCUGUUGCUGUAUGGACACGGACCACAUCCCCGCUGCACGGCGCAAAGCGGGGGCACGGGAUUCGGCGCCAAGGAAUAUGAGCAAACACUAUCAUCACCCAUCCGCUCUGCCGGGCCCGGUUUGCAUCGCGGCGGACCCACAUGCCCUUGCCCCGCGCCGCCCAUCAUCGACGACGUGCGAGCCCACGCGGCGCACGGAGAGGGGGCCAGAUCACCAGACCAGACACACCGGGCCGCCAGUGCUAAUGCGCGCGGGCCGUCCAGCAAGGCCGAUCGAGCGAGGCCGCCGCCGAGGGGCGGGCGGCCGCACGCCUCGCCGUCACCGCCCUCCAUCUCGAACGCAGCCUCGCCGUCGCAUCAGGCUAUGGCCGACUCCAGCAACGGCCGGAGUGGUGUCGUUGCGGUGCCGGCGGGGCGUCGAUCGGACUCGCGCCCGGCGCCCGAUGACGCUGACGCCGUCGUCCAGGGGGUGAGCUGUUGCCCGGUGGCUAUCCGGAUGCGGAAGGGGUGAUGCCGAUGCGCGUAGGGGCGUGACCGGGAGGAAGAAAAGGGCGAAAAGGCUGCGUACUUUGCGAGCGGAUGACUGCGUCGCGCGGUGAUCCGGGCCGGGCGCGAUGUGGUGGGUGUCGUCUCGUCGUACGCGCCCGGUGGCUGGCUGUCGCGCGCGCCCGAGUGGCGAUGGCGAGGGAGGGAGGGAGCAGGGCGGACGCACGACGGGACAGGGGGUCGUCGUGCGGCGGGUCCAGGCGACGGUGAUACCAACUGCGGAAUUUGCUGCUCCUACGUUGCAGUCUGGCAGACCGGAGCUCCAUGUAAUUGGGCGCUACUAGCCAGUUGGCAUUUUUUUUUGUCUGAGUCAAAAUUACGGUCAAUGUCAAUUUUUUUUUGGUUUCCUCAUGAAAC